GUCAGCAGCAAGACAGCAUGGCAGUCAGAGCUCUGUGCAUCAGACUGUUGAUGAUGCUCGUGACCCUGCUGUGUGCACAUGAACAGAAAGCUGAUGCCGUUUCUCUUCAUAUCGUUCCAAACAGACUGCAGUUCUUUGAGUAUGAAUCAGUGAUUUUUUACUGUGAGGGUGCUGUGUACUGGGAAGUUGUGCAUAAUAUCAAUGGGAAAAUAAACUUAUGUAGUCACACCAACAAGAAAACACCAGCAGGAUCAUUCUGCACCAUUAAAAAUGUUUAUAAAGAAGACAGUGGAGAGUACUGGUGUGAGACUAAAGAAGGGAAGAGAAGCAACACCAUCAACAUUGCUGUCACUGCUGUUUCUGUGAUCCUGGAGGUUCCUGCUGUUCCUGUGAUGGAGGGAGAAGCUGUGACUCUUCGCUGCAGAAACAAGACGACUUCCUCCAACUUCACCUCUAACUUCUAUAAAGAUGGACGUCGUGUCCAUCGAAGCUCCACAGGAGAGAUGACCAUCCAGAGAGUUUCCAAGUCAGAUGAAGGACUUUACAAGUGCAACAUCUCAGGAGCUGGAGAAUCACCUGAGAGCUGGCUGAAUGUGACAGUUAAUCCAGACAGUUACAAAGAGAUGAGCCUUUUCUCUUCUGCUGCCACACCUUGGGUCAUUUCCACUAUUGUUCUGAGCUUCCUGUUGGUAGUGGUGGGACUUUAUCAGUGUGGCAAAAGCUGCUGGGAGAGAGCGUCAACAAAGGCAGAUGGUUCAGGCUCAACCGAGAAUCAAACAGAUGACCGCACAGUGAAUGCAGCCAGAGAAGAAUAUGCUGUUGUAAGAAAAAGCAGGAAGAUGGAAGAUGAAGAUGGAUUGUCCUCUCGACCCAUUUCCAGCUUCGACCAGGGUGACGCUCAACUAGAAGAAUCAGGACCCAUCACAAAGACAUCUUCAGCAGGAAUCUACCAACCUAUAGAGGAAGACCCCUUUUAUUCUACAAUACAUUUGCAGAGCGCUGACUGAAAACAGAAUCACAUCUGUGAGAGAGUGAAAACCCAGAAUGAUCACAUGUUGUUUUUGUAACUGAACAAGCCGUACACUGCCAGCUGAG